CCAAAGUUCAAAAGACCUGCUGUGCCUCAAACAGGACCAUCAAUUCCACAAGAGCAGGGCAGUAAAGGCCUCCGACUGUGAGGAAACUCCAUCACCUGGUGAAAGGUCUUCUGUAACUGGUGCUGUAACUUCCCUCUGAUAGUCCCAAAUGUUCUGGCUUGUAAUCUCAGUCACUCAUGUUGGCUGUAAAUGUAUGCUUCAGAGGGUCUUUUCUGUCUUGAGCGUGACGGAUGUGGCGAGGUGUUGAAAGAGGAAGCACAGCUCAUACUUGCUGUUGUCUGAAAUAUGAGAAGAAUGAAGGCAACCGGACUACUGAAGGUAUGAUAGAAAACUCCAAUCUGCUGGCUGCAGCCUUGACUGUUGCAUCACUGAUGUCACUAACUCUUCUGUGCCUGCGAUGCAAAAAGAAAUCCAAGAUCAUACAUGAGGAGGUUCAAAUAUACAACCAACAGACAUUCCAACGUGGGGGAAGUAGAUUUGCUGUGACGCAAUCAAAACCAGUCACGAGAACCAAUCAGAUAACUUCAAUCACAGAUGAAACUACAGAGGAUUAUGAGGAAUUUCCUUCAGAUGCAAUGGAUGAAUCAGACUAUCAAAACAUCACAGAGGCUCAAACAGGAAGUCCAGAACAUACAUAUGUAGCUCCACUCGCCGACUCAUUGUAUGAAAAUGAAGAGAUGAGAAAAAAUGCUAAUCUGGCUCCAAGUGUCUAUGGGAACAUUGACGCAUUCCCAAAUGGAGGAGAUGACGAUGACUACGAGAACGCUGAUUUCCUGGAACUAGCUGGUGAAGAAGAAGAUGAUGAGCCAGAUUAUGUGAAUGAAUGCACCUGACACGGACUAUGCUGACCACCAGAGAACAUCAGUGGACAGAUUUAAACAGCCUGCACUCUGUUCUGUUUAUUGUAUAAAACUGGAAAUAAAACAUA